CUCUCUCUUUCUUCUCCCCGAAUAAAACCGACGCUUUCCGCGAAUGUGCGAGCUGCCUCCUUGCGAGCAGCCAUAAUUGGGAUUAUUCAGGAAUAAUUCGCCUGAUCCAGACGCGUUGUUGUUCCGCCGUGUUCGCGCGUAUGUGACUCGUGAUGUCGACAGCGUCUGCGAUGUGACAUUCCUCGAGCCGUCGCUGGAUUUGUAGGGGAAAAAAAUGCAUUUGUUGUGCCUCGAAGGCUUUUUUUUAUUGUGGACUAUUAAGAUGUAGUCCACCUUCGCCGGACAGCAACACAAAGGCUGCAUAUUAGCGGCUGUGGGUAAAUACAUCGCCUGUUUUUGACUUGAACGAUGGGAAAUAGAGACGUUUCGAGUGUGUUGUCUGCGUGGACUAAUUGUUCUGGUGCUACUAGCCAGCAUCCAUGGCAAGACGGUUCAUUUAUGGGAUGCGCGGCGGUUCUUCCCCUGUAACGUCUGUGGGUGGGUUAUAUUAUUGUGAGCAUUGAAAAUCUGACAUCAUUUGGAUAUAUGAACGGAACAGCAUAUGUUUUUGCUCGCGCCCGUCCCCAGCCCCGUGGAAGCCCCAUCAUCGACGUGAUGCAAGGCAAAAAUCCGUUUCUCGGAUGAUAUGCGGACGCGGGGCGAACGAGCACCUCUCGCGCUCUGUAUGAAACUGGGAGCGGGUGGCGGCGAAUCUACAUGUUUUCAAUCCGCGUCUCCUAAACGCGCCGAGGUCCUUCCGUCCCCGGAUUGUGCGAUCAGCUGCCGGUCAUUAGACGGCAUCUGCCCCGUCUCAUGCUUAUUAUAUGUUGCACGGCUCGAUCUCCUCGCGAUGGAUUUAUGCAUAACAGGUGUCGUUUGAGCCCGAGAGCGCAGCACGAGCACGAAGCUUCAUUCUGUGUUUUUCUCCCGCUAGAGCAAACAGUGAGACACGGGGACCGGAAUCAUAUUUUGUUUUUUGUUUUUUUUGUUUUGGUUUGGCUUUUUUCUUUAUCGUGAUAAAGGAGCAGACACCCCCCCCCCCCUCCAUACGCGCCCCCCUCCUCACCGUCACCAUCCCCACCAAAAGAUGAGAAGAUGAGAGGCCGCGCUGACAUGACGUCCGUCUAAUUGGGUGGCGAGCUUGCGGACAAAGAGGGACGAUGAGUCUGUCGUGUAGAAAGGGUCCUCACGGCCUCUCCCUGUAAGGACGCGAGCGCCGCGGGGAGGGGGGGGGGGGCGACGGCUGUGGGGGCAUCGCUAGCGUUUCCACAGGCGCCCCGGGCGGGCGGGGGCCCAGCAUGGCCAACCAGAGCUUUGCCAUCGACGGGCCCGGCAGCCUGCUGGCUGUGCUGGCGUCGCAGAGCGGACUAGGGAGAGGCGGCGGCGGCGGCGGCGGCGGCAGCGGCUCCGCCACGGACGUCUCCGCCUACUUUAAGCUGGUCUUCUUGGGUUUGAUCAUCUGCGUCAGCCUCGCGGGGAACCUCCUGGUGUCCCUGCUGGUCCUGCGAGACAGGACACUGCACAAAGCGCCCUACUUCUUUCUCCUGGACCUGUGCCUGGCCGACGCGGUCCGCUCGGCCGCCUGCUUCCCCUUCGUGCUGGUGUCGGUCCGCAGCGGCUCGGCCUGGACGUACAGCGCGCUGAGCUGCAAGGUGGUGGCGUUCAUGGCCGUGCUCUUCUGCUUUCACGCCGCCUUCAUGCUGUUCUGCGUGGCCGUCACCCGCUACCUUGCCAUCGCCCACCACCGGUUCUACGCCAAGCGCAUGACCAUAUGGACGUGCGCCGCCAUCAUCUGCAUGGUGUGGACGCUGGCGGUCGCCAUGGCGUUCCCGCCCGUCUUCGACGUGGGCACGUACAAGUUCAUCCGCGACGAGGACCAGUGCAUUUUCGAACACCGCUACCUGAAGACCAACGACACCCUGGGCUUCAUGCUGAUGCUGGCCGUGGUGGUCCUGGCCACGCACGGCUUCUACGCCAAGCUCCUGCUCUUCGAGUACAGGCACCGCAAGAUGAAACCGGUCCAGCUGGUGCCGGCCAUCAGCCAGAACUGGACCUUCCACGGGCCCGGGGCCACCGGACAGGCCGCCGCUAACUGGAUUGCGGGGUUCGGCCGCGGACCCAUGCCGCCCACUCUGUUGGGCAUCAGGCAGAAUUUACACAAUCAACACCGGCGGCUGCUGGGGAUGGAGGAGGUGCGGUCGGAGCGGAGGCUGGGCAGGAUGUUCUACACCGUCACGCUGCUCUUCCUGGUCCUCUGGGCUCCCUACAUCGUGGCCUGCUUCUGGAGGGUGUUUGUCAAGUCCUGCACCAUCCCCCACAGGUACCUCUCCAUCACGGUGUGGAUGAGCUUCGCCCAGGCCGGCGUCAACCCCAUCUUCUGCCUCCUGCUCAACGAGGACCUGAGGAAAGUGCUGCGAGCGCACCUGCCCACCUACUGGAGGACUAAGCAGCACCUGCCGCAGGACGAGGCCUACUGCAUCAUGUGAUCGGGGGACGCGCGAGGGUUCCACGGCGGAAAUGUGAGGAACGGAAGUGAUGUAACGCACCUUGGUUACGUGUCAGUUUCUGUUUUGUUGUUUUGCACAGCAAAAUCAAGUUUUUGCCAACAAAAUGCCGGCACAGAGCCAUGUUUUAAAGAAUGUUGAUAUUCGCGUAACGUUGUCAGGUGCAAAGGGUUGAGCAUUUGUGACGGUGUACAGUUUGAUUAAUAGGAGGGAAGGAUCACAACAAUCACUACUCUUGCUAAGCGUGACAGUUGCCAUUUUAAAUUAACGUUGCCUUAUUUCAGAGGGACACGCCCCAGAGCUUUCAGCGGAGAACGAGCUUGUGUGUCACACGAGGCGCGAAGCAGCAGACACGCGGAGGUUUUAGGUCGUGGAUGAAGGCGUGUCGUGGACUGUGGAGGGAAAGCGCUGAUGAGCGUGUUACGGACUCUGAAACACAUGACGGAGCUCAAAGAGGUGUGAAUGGAUCGACGGACCACCCUGGACGCCUUUUCAUGUAAUUCAGAGGAGACUGCAGAAUAUUGAAUGGACCCAAUUACCUUGGAUGCGUUUAAAUAGCUGUCGUGAACCUAAGAAGCCCCUAACAUGCUUGAUUUUUUGAACUUGAUUUAGGGCGUGUCAGGUUUCUUUGUAUCAUAAAAAAAAUUGCCUGUUUUGCUUUAUUUGUAAACAAUACAUGUUAAACAGAUGACACUAUUUUGAAAUAUGACUUGAUUUCAUAUUGUAUAGACUGUACUGCUUGUGUCUUUUUAUAUAGCAUUUGUGUGUAUGUGUGCGUGAGAGGAAGAGUUAGAAAGGGGGGGGGGGGGGGGGGGGGGGGG